UUGAUACCAUUAAAGUUUGUGACAACACAGGAAAGCUCCAACCAGUAAAUAGUGGGAUGACUUGAGUUUUUUCGAGGUUGCUGACAUGGCUAUGCAGCGCUCACAGCAGCACAGACAAGAAUUCACUCUCAGCUGGUUUCCUUAAAAGAAAGCAAUUCUGUCUUUCAGUUAAAAAAAAAAAAAAGCUGUAACUGUUGAAGCGGCAUGCACUUAAUAAGCUACUUCUAAAUCUGGUUUCAUCAUUUCAGUCUGUGGACUAGCAGAACCGAAGCUGCAGAAUCCUUCUCAAGAAUGUGUGUGUAAGGAGAUAAGUGUGAAGGCCACUGGACCAGAUGUGUUAGGGAAAAGCUGAGGACAGACAUAAAGGCGCCAGAGAGUGCUGUAUAUCCCCAUCGAGAUGUAAGCAGCGGGCAGAUUAACGACUCUGAAAGAAGGCAACCAUUUACCAAAUGGGACAAGAUAUUUGUGAUCGAAACCAACUUAGCAUUGCCAACAAAGAAGAUAAGGAGCAAGACAAACAACCGGAGAUAACAAACAUCCAUCAGAAAAAACAGCAUAGCCAUGCAAAACUUAUCCCAAUGAAAGAAAACUGCUAUAAAAAGGAGCUGCUUUGCCAUAAUUUUGGGGGAUGUCCUGCCAAGACUGGAGCAUCAAUCUGGACAGAUAGACUCCUGCUCCUCUGUCUGUUCUCGAUCUGAUAGGCCACCAACCAUGGAUGGUGCAAAAAGCUCAAGGAUUCAACACAAGAUGUAUAUGGUCAAUUACAUUUUUCUCCAGCUGUCACAUAAAGACUAGAUCAGCAGCUAUUCUAAAAUGCGUGGAUAGCUGCAAGCCAGUACACAGCAAAUGGGCCUCUGCGACAGAAAUGGAGAAAAUAAGGGUACGAAAUUCCUGGGUGCCAACUUGCCUAUGGCAACCUAGAAUUCUCCAGGGCAGGCUCGCAAAAUCUUCACCUACCCUCUGGGACAGUACUUUGCAAGAACAGAAGGGGGAAUUACGGAAGCGCCUAUCCUACACUACCCACAAACUGGAAAUGCUUGAAACAGAAUUUGAUUCUACACGCCAGUACCUUGAAAUUGAAUUGAGACGUGCUCAGGAAGAACUUGAAAAAGUAACUGAAAAAUUGAGAAGGAUACAAAACAAUUAUCUAGCCUUACAAAGAAUUAAUCAGGACUUAGAAGAUAAACUUUACAGGAUGGGUCAACAUUACGAAGAGGAAAAAAGGGCCUUAAGCCAUGAAAUAAUAGCACUCAAUAAUCAUUUAAUAGAAGCCAAGGUGACAAUAGAUAAGUUAUCAGAAGACAAUGAGCUCUAUAGAAAGGACUGCAAUUUAGCUGCUCAGCUGCUCCAGUGCAGCAAGAAUUACGACAGGGCACAUAAGCUUUCUGAGUUGCCAUCUGACUUUCAGGAGAGAGUCAGCCUCCAUCUGGAAAAGCACGGGUGCAGCCUUUCUGUCCCUUUGUGUCACACAUCAUUUGCCGAUAAUAUACCAACUUGCGUCAUCGCUAAGGUACUGGAGAAACCAGACCCAACCAGCUUGUCUUCACAUCUGUCAAGCACGUCAGCAAGGGAUCGCUCUUUUCAGGACUCUGAUGGGAAGCUUGGCCAAAGGCCCCAGUACAAGUCUGACAUCUACUGCAGUGACACCGCCCUUUAUUGCCCUGAGGAGAGGAGAAGGGAAAGGAGACAAAGUGUUGACAUGCAGGUGAAAGAUGUUGGGUUUUUGAGGUCCCAGAACUCUACUGACAGUACUGUAGAAGAAGAUGGCUUCCAUUCUAGCUUCUCUCAUGAAGCCUUCCAAGAAUAUGUUACCUCUUUACCAACCUCUAGCUCCUACUCUAGUUUCAGUGUCACAUCUGAGGAAAAAGAAAACGCCCAGGCCAGCACUCUGACAGCCUCCCAGCAAGCAAUCUACCUGAGCAGCAGAGAUGAAAUGUUUGAAAGAAAGUCAUGUUCUAGUUAUGAUCAUCAGGGAAGUCCAAGGUUUGCCAAGUCAAAAUCCGUGCAGCAAAUGGAACUUGCUGACAACAAUGAGAACUCGCCCACUUUUACUAGGACUCUGCCACCUUAUGCGAAUGAGCCUUUUCAUUUCUCAGCCAUAACAACACAACAGGCAUUGGCCACUCAGAAAAUGCGUAAUGACUGCAGGAGCACCCAUCUUUCAGAAGAAGACUUACCAGGGCGGUGGAGGCAGCUGAGUGUAGAGGACAUCGGUGCAUAUUCUUACAGGAACACUGGCAGACUAUCACCCUGUAGCUUUUCAGAGCAGUAUUACAGCAGCCCUAUAAAAAAAGCAGAGAGCCGAACAAGCCCCAUCUAUGCUGCUUACAAAGGAGACAGCUUUUCAGAGGGAGAAGAUAUCUGUCAAAGUAGACUUGUGGAUUCUUGCUUCCUCAGAACAGAUAGUGGCCUGAACAUUGACAUCAGCACGAGCUGUAAACAGGACAAAUUGCCCUCUUACAAAACAAAAGAACCACGAGACCAAAAAAAUGACAGGAUCACAAUGCAGUUGUGCAGUAGCAAAAAUAUUGAGAGUAGCCCAGUGUUGAAAAGAGAAUACGUUGAUGUAAGCCCAAACAGCUCAGCCGAAUCCCUCAACCAGAGUUCAGUGGAGGCUUCAGAGAUCCAUCAGUCUUCCAUGGAGCAAGGGAACCAUUCAGGUCUUCACAGCAAACAACAGCAGUUUCAACGGACUGGGAGUACUGGUCUAAGUCGGAAGGACAGUCUUACAAAAGCACAAUUAUAUGGAACCCUUCUAAAUUAGAUAUUUUCCAAAACUGCAAUAAGAAAAAAUAACAACAUUUGUUAGUUCUUUUGAACAACAGGGUUCUAAGAAACAGGAUUAUUAUAUAUUCAUAACAGUACUGUAUGUUUAAAACAACAAUCUGUACAAAACCAUUACACAGCAUUUUUCACACAACAUUCUUUCCAUCUGGAAGACCACCCUUUCCCCCCUUUUAUAAACCUGAAAUAUUUUUAUAAACGAAAUGGUAUUUAUUAGAUUAUCCUUAAUCUGAGCUAUUUGAGCAGCAACCUUUUUCCUUCAAGCAGGUUUCUUAUUUAUUUUUGUGCAUGAGGCCAUCAGUGCCUGAACUCUUGGAGGAAGAGGGUAAAAUCAUCAUUGUGAUGACAAAAAUCAAACCCCCUCAGUAAGAUACCAUCAACUCUGUGUCAUGUGAAUCUGAAAGGUAUGAGAAUGGUGAAUUUAAAGAAGUAUAUUUUUAAAUGAGAACCGAAAUGAACCCUAAGUUCUUUCAUACAAAUGUAUUUAUGAGUGAAAAAUGUACACACAAAGUGAUACAAAUAUUUUGUUCUUUUACUCCAUUGUGUUUCUGCUUUCCUACUUUCCCUUGUAUACUACCUCAAAGUAAUUGAGGGUUUCUUGAUCACAUAUUUUCUGUAGGCUUGCAUUUAUAUUGUCUAAGAUGCAUGAAGUGUCAUAAUUAGUACUGUAUUUUGCAUUACUUAAUAAAAGACACUGGUGGAAAUGUUUUGAUUUUGUCCUCUUUAAAAUAUAUUUUGCAAUUAUUCACAAUUGUUCUUUGUGGGAUCGAUCCUGAAAGGGGUCAAAUUAAAUUCAGUGGGAUUUGAUGCCACCCCAGCAUUCUGCUGGGGUUACUCAACACUUUCUGUUAUCAAAGAAUCAGGCCCUAUUUAACACACACACCCUCCCCUGAAAGA